GCAGGAGCGCUUGCGCACUGGUCUCACCACCUCGGGGCCGCACGCGGGUAGGUAGACGAGAGCCCAGAGGAGGGGGAGCGGAACGUGCUGGCAUCUUUUUUUUUUUCCUCCCGCAGCUCGUGCGGUGCGUGGGUCUGCGGGUUCGAGAAGGUACGGAACACCCGGCCUUACUCGGCUUUCACAGCUCGCGUGUGAUUGAGGAGGAAGCCCUCCUGCUCCUCCACGAGUUGGAAGAGUGCAGCAUUCGCGCUCCCCAGUGUCUGGCCGUGAGCUUGUUGUGCGCCCCUUCUCCCUUUAACGGUAGCCCCCACGCACACACCCCAGUCCCUCAGAGUUGGUCUUGGCGCCUCAGCGCGCCCCCCUCACCCAGCCCCUUCCCAGCCUAUCCUGAUUCCCUCUGGCGGGUAGUCGGUUUCGUCCCUGAGCUCCCUGCUUGAAGGCGGAGAAGAUGGCUGGAGGACGUCUACUGCUGGGGGGCGACUUCCUGUCGCCGCCGCCGCUGCCCCCCCUCCCGCCGCCACCGCUGCCGCCCCUCCCGCCGCCCCCGCCCGAGCCAGUGCUGGAGCAGUGGCGCUAUAGCCACGAAAGUGACUGGCAGUGGGCUCUGCGGCGUAGCUUCAUCUGUCGGCACCUGCACAGCUAUCCCGGGGCUGCCCUCGACCAGCUCCUUGCGCUCUCCGCCGCCUGGACCAACCACGUUUUCCUGGGCUGCAGGUACAGCCCUCGUUUGAUGGAAAAAAUUAUGCAAAUGGCAGAAGGUAUUGAUAUUGGCGAGAUGCCAUCAUAUGAUCUGAUGCUGUCCAAGCCUUCCAAAGGUCAAAAACGUCACCUUUCAACAUACGAUGGUCAAAAUCCUCCUAAAAAGCAAGCCGGUUCCAAAUUCCAUGUGAGACCUCGUUUUGAGCCUGUACAUUUUGUAGCUAGUAGUACAAAAGAUGAAAGACAGGAAGAUCCUUAUGGUCCUCAAACAAAAGAGGUAAACGAACAAACCCAUUUUGCCAGCAUGCCAAGAAACAUCUACCAAGAUUAUACCCAAGACUCUUUCAGUAUCCAGGACGGGAAUUCUCAGUAUUGUGACUCAUCAGGAUUUAUUUUUACAAAAGAGCAGCCUGUAACAACCAACAUGUAUUUUGACAGUGGGAACCCUGCCCCAAGCAGCACCUCGCAGCAGGCAAACCCUCAGCCAGCUCCUGAGCCUUCACCAUCACAGACAUAUCCUGAGUCAGUGGUAGCUGAGAAGCAGUAUUUUAUUGAAAAAUUAACAGCGACUAUCUGGAAGAACCUUUCUAAUCCGGAGAUGACUUCUGGAUCUGAUAAAAUUAAUUAUACCUAUAUGCUAACUCGUUGUAUACAGGCAUGUAAGACAAAUCCCGAGUAUAUAUACGCUCCCUUAAAAGAAAUUCCUCCUGCUGACAUCCCCAAAAAUAAAAAACUUUUGACAGAUGGUUACGCUUGUGAAGUUAGAUGCCAGAAUAUCUACUUAACUACAGGUUAUGCUGGCAGCAAGAACGGGUCCAGGGAUCGAGCUACUGAGCUAGCUGUAAAACUCCUGCAGAAGCGUAUUGAGGUUAGAGUUGUCCGGCGAAAAUUCAAGCACACAAUUGGAGAGGACCUUGUAGUAUGCCAGAUUGGCAUGCUUUCCUAUGAAUUUCCUCCAGCUCUGAAACCGCCAGAAGAUCUGGCGGUGAUGGGCAAAGAUGCUUCCGGGCAGCCCAUUUUUAAUAACUCUGCCAAACACUGGACCAAUUUUGUCAUUACAGAAAAUGCAAAUGAUGCAAUUGGCAUCCUUAACAAUUCUGCCUCGUUCAACAAAAUGUCAGUUGAGUACAAAUAUGAGAUGAUGCCAAAUCGCACAUGGCGUUGCCGAGUGUUUUUGCAGGAUCACUGCUUAGCUGAAGGUUAUGGAACUAAGAAAACAAGUAAACAUGCAGCUGCUGAUGAGGCUUUGAAAAUUCUUCAAAAAACACAACCCACUUACCCGUCUGUCAAAAGUUCACAAUGCCAUUCAGGCUCCUCACCCAGAGGAUCUGGGAAGAAGAAAGAUAUAAAGGAUCUUGUAGUUUAUGAGAACUCUUCCAAUCCUGUGUGCACCCUGAAUGACACAGCUCAGUUUAACCGAAUGACAGUUGAAUACGUCUAUGAAAGGAUGACAGGCCUCCGCUGGAAAUGCAAGGUGAUUCUAGAGAGUGAAGUCAUCGCAGAAGCAGUUGGGGUGAAGAAAACGGUCAAAUAUGAAGCUGCUGGGGAGGCUGUGAAAAUCCUCAAAAAGACCCAGCCAACUGUCAUUAACAACUUGAAGAAAGGAACUGUUGAAGAUGUGAUCUCAAGAAAUGAAAUCCAGGGCCGCUCUGCUGAAGAGGCUUAUAAACAACAAAUCAGAGAAGAUAAUAUAGGAAAUCAGCUGCUAAGAAAGAUGGGUUGGACGGGUGGUGGCUUAGGGAAAUCUGGUGAGGGCAUACGGGAGCCUAUUUCAGUCAAAGAGCAGCACAAGAGGGAAGGGCUUGGUCUUGAUGUGGAGAGGGUCAAUAAAAUUGCCAAGAGAGAUAUUGAACAGAUCAUCCGAAACUACGCCCGCUCGGAGAGCCACACAGAUUUGACUUUUUCUACGGAGCUGACUAAUGAUGAGCGGAAGCAAAUACAUCAGAUUGCUCAGAAGUAUGGGCUGAAGAGUAAGUCUCACGGGGUGGGCCAUGAUAGGUACCUGGUGGUAGGCAGAAAAAGACGGAAGGAGGACCUACUAGAUCAGCUCAAACAGGAAGGCCAGGUAGGGCAUUAUGAGCUUGUUAUGCCCCAAGCAAAUUGAGAUCUUACUAAUUUAUUUUGUAAAUGCCUAAUGAGGCAGAUUUAUUAAAUGCUACAAGUUCUGGUUGCAGAGUAUAUUCAUUCUUAAAAUGUUUCACCUUGUUCAUUUCAUAUAGUGCUUUAUUAGAUAAUGGAACCUGAAGAAUUCUAUCCACUUGUAUUAGCUUAAUCCAGCAAGUGAUAUUGUGCAGUCACUGUUCGUGUCUUUGAUAUUGCUGUGCCACUCAGAUUAUAGUAGUUUGUACAAGCAAAAACACAUCCAAAUGGAAUUUCACCCCAAGAAAUUCACAUGUUAAAGGGCAUAGCACAGCAAUCUGCUACAAUAUGUAAAGUCGCUAUUGGCUCCAGUAAAACUGCAGUUUUAAUUCCAGACCUACUGAAAAUGUCAGAUCAUUUUGUAUUAUCUAUUUUCAUCUUUGUGUGAAGCCAGUAUAGAAUGUUUAACAGUAAACUGUAUGUGUAAAUGUCCUUACCAACUAAAUGAUGUAAAACUUUCUUAAAGUAAUUUUAGUGUUCUUUUAUUUAUAACUUCUUUCAUGUGAUGUCCAGUAUAUUGGACGUGACUUACUGUAUCUUGUGAUAUAUGGGUUUUAAUGAAUUCUAGUCUUCAUGCCGAGAGAGCACUACUUGAGAGAGCGAUUGAAAAGUUUCAAAAACUUUGACUCAACCUGACGAAGGGAAGCUUGAACUGUUCUUGGUGCCUUGCAGAGAGACUCACAGCAACUCUCCCUUGUAGCUUUCACUCAGUUCGGAUACACAGCACAUCCAGGGCAACCACAGCUGUGGUGGAGCUUGGUAAAAGACUGAAGAUACUUUGGUGCUUUGAUGAAAAGGUCGGUUGGCUGGUCCCUCUCUCAAAAAGCUUAUUAAGUCCCAAAAGCCAACUUUGUAACAUAUUUAAAACCGCUAUUUUCGCUUAUUCCUGGAAUGUAAAAAGAAAGUGUAUAAAAUGAAUUAGUGUAUGCUUCCUGAAUAAAAAAGAGCCAAAGUUAAUCAAAA